GCGGGGGCGGUGGGGCCGGGCCGGGAGCGGCGGCGGGACGCGCCGGAGCCUCCUCUCGCCAUGGGCGGUGGGUGCCGGGCCCGGGCCCCGCCGUCCGUGGGGCUGCGGCUGCUGCUCGUCCAGGCACUGCUGCUCUGGGCCGCCGGGACCGCCGCGACCGACGGCUCUGUGGAUCCCUGCUGCCAUUUCCCCUGCCAGAACCAAGGGGUCUGCAUGAGGGUCGGCCUGGGAGGAUACGAGUGUGACUGCACACGGACGGGAUACUUCGGGGCCAACUGCACCUCCCCUGAGCUCUGGACGCGCCUCCACGACCUGCUGAAGCCCAGUCCUGCCUUCUACCACUUUGUUCUGACUCACUUCAAGUGGUUUUGGGACAUUGUCAACAGCACCUUCAUCCGGGACACACUCAUGAGGCUCGUGCUGACAGUUCGUGCCAAUCUCAUCCCCAGCCCCCCCACCUUCAACUCUGACUAUGGCUACAUCAGCUGGGAGGCCUAUGCCAACGUCAGCUACUACACCCGUGUCCUCCCACCCGUGCCAGACAACUGUCCCACACCCAUGGGGACCAAAGGGAAGCAGCAGCUGCCCGACCCCCAGCUCCUGGCAGAGAGGUUCCUGCUGCGGCAGAAGUUUGAAGCUGACCCCCGAGGCACCAACCUGAUGUUCGCCUUCUUUGCCCAGCAUUUCACCCACCAGUUCUUCAAGACGUCAGGGAAGAUGGGACGUGGCUUCACCAAGGCGCUGGGGCACGGGGUGGACCUUGGGCACUUGUAUGGGGACAACCUGCAGCGGCAGCACCAGCUACGACUCUUCAGAGAUGGGAAGCUGAAGUUCCAGGUGGUGGGUGGAGAGGUGUACCCCCCCUUGGUCACUGAUGCUCCGGUCCACAUGGUGUACCCGUCUGAUGUCCCCAAGGAGCAGCAGCUGGCGAUGGGGCAGGAGGUGUUUGGGCUGCUGCCAGGGCUCUGCAUGUAUGGCACACUCUGGCUGCGUGAGCACAACCGUGUCUGUGACAUCCUGAAACGGGAGCAUCCCACCUGGAGUGAUGAGCAGCUCUUCCAGACAGCUCGUCUCAUCCUUAUCGGGGAAACCAUCAAGAUUGUGAUUGAGGACUACGUCCAACACCUCAGCGGGUACUUCCUCAGCCUCAAGUUUGACCCCGAGCUGCUGUUUGGGACCCCGUUCCAGUACCGGAAUCGCAUCGCAGUGGAGUUCAACCAACUCUACCACUGGCACGGGCUGAUGCCAGACUCCUUCAUCAUCCAGGGGGAAGAGUACAGCUACAAGCAGUUCCUCUACAACACCUCCAUGCUCAUGGACUAUGGUGUGGAGGCGCUGGUGGAGUCCUUUUCCAAGCAGAGUGCAGGAAGGAUAGGUGGGGGACAAACCAUCAAUGCCAACGUCUUGCAAGUGGCCAUUGGGGUCAUCGAGGAAUCCCGGCAGCUGAGGCUACAGCCCUUCAAUGAGUAUCGGAAGCGGUUUGGCAUGAAGCCCUACAAGUCCUUUCAGGAGCUCACAGGGGAGGAAGAGAAGGCAGCAGAGCUGGAGGAGCUGUAUGGAGACAUUGAUGCUCUGGAGUUUUACCCAGGCUUGCUGCUUGAGAAACCCCAACCCAAUGGUAUUUUUGGAGAAAGCAUGGUGGAGAUUGGAGCUCCAUUUUCCCUCAAGGGGCUUUUUGGAAACCCUAUCUGCUCCCCAGAGUAUUGGAAACCCAGUACCUUUGGUGGAGCAGCUGGCUUCGAGAUAGUUAAGACAGCAUCACUCGAGAAGCUCGUGUGCCUCAACGUGAAGAAGUGCCCAUACGUGGCCUUUCAGGUGCCAGAUGCUGUGGAAAGUGUCAGCCCUCGGGGUGGUGGGCCAUCUACAGAGCUCUAGCACCAGGACAGCCUGCCCAGGGACCUGCCCACCCCUGUGCCAAGCAGGAGCAGGACAGAAGAUGGUCCCACCCUGGGUGUCCUCCACACCAGCCCUCGCUCAGCCAGCAACCCAAUGCUCAAGAAAACGGGUGAACAGCAGCAAAAGGGGAGCAACACAGCAUCCAGAGAGCAUCUGUGUCCCAACCCCACCCCAGCAGCUGGAGCACACUUGCAGAGCGUACGACUGCCUUCAUCUCCACCACCCAACACCAUCUGCACAAGGCACCAGCUCAGCUCCUGUCAGUUCAACCACAAACAUCCUGCUCCUAGUGGCAGCUAUCAAAAGCUCUGGUUUGGUGCCAAUUGAUAAGCAGGUGCCAGCCCACCAGAGAGCUGCCUCAGUGCUCCCAGCCUCCCAAGGAGGAAUGCUUCAGACAGGAAUUAGCGACCCGACGAUUCUAAAUUAGUUUCAUUCUGCUGUGUUGCUUAAUGCACAUCAAGAAUGCUGGGAUUUUAGGGCACAAAAUUACCAGUUGGUCAGGUUGGAAGAUUUAAACUUCGGGAAUGGAAAAAAGCAUUGGGAGCAGAGCCCUGCACUGCCAGAGCAGCCUCAGCAACCACUGCCAGCCUCCCCUUCCCUCCCCACAGCUGUGCAGAGAACCAGCAGCAUGACAGCCCCUCUUCCCUCUCCCCCUGUUGCUUAUUUGUCUCCUGCUACACCAAUGAUUAGUUGGAUCCAGACCUUUUCCUUUUUGCUAUUAAUAUGGGAAACCACCUAUCAUCCACCUGAGCACUGGAGAUGAACACCCAGGAGUCACCUUGCUGCAGGCCACCUGACAGCAGCAGGGGUUUUGAUUCUGUUACAGUUUUGCUGCAAUAGGGAAAAAAAAAACCCCAAAACCAAAAGCACUUUAUAAAAAUAAAACUUCAAAGCAACUCAAGGAGACAGCUCUCCCUCAACACCCUCUCCAAACCAGGAUUUGUAAUGAUGCUUAAUAUGCAGCCUGUCUGCAUGACAGACUUCACUGAAUCUCAUCCUGAAUAUCAACUAUGGCUACUUUGAUUUUUUGUUAAAUGUGCUGAUAUCUGUGCUCAAUGAUUUAAUUUCAUAUAGCUUUCAUGUUAGGUUUUUUUCUGCAAUUCUGAGAUGACAAGAAAUAAUCUCUGACCGCGUUUUAAAAUCUGGCAGUCUGCCAGUUUCCUUAAAGAAGCUACAAUUUGUGCCAUUCUGCAAGUUUUAAUUACAAAUUACUUAUUUUUUCUGCUUAUGCUACUUUUGAAAACCCAGUUCAAGUAGAUAGUUACAAAUUCUUUUUGUUUUCUAUCCUAAGAUUCACUCCUCCUAUAAACCUAGUGCUUACACAGAGGCAUUUACAUCUCUUCCUGGUGUUCCACAGUGCCUCACAUAAAACUUGCAAUUAAACUUAAUAAUUAAACAUGGGUCAGAUAUUUAGGUAAUGAUAUUCUACUUUCCAAAGUAACAAGCAAAAUAAGUAAUUCAUGAGAAAGCAAGCAUGUUGCAAUCAAAUUAAGCACGGAGAUGACAACUCAGUAAUGACAAAGUACAGAGAGCUGGUGACCCUGCUUGAGCAAUUCAGACAGACCAGCAUCUGGCCAGUAAAGCCUUCACCUCACUCAGCAGUUUUCCUAUUUGCAUUCACUGUAAAUUGCUGAUGCCUUUUCUGUUGCUGUCCAGGCUCUCUCUCAGCUGGGCAGCACCAGCCUUGCUGCAGGCAGGGUGAACUGUAACACACCAGGAACCCUGAAAAUUACUUCCCCCUAUUAUGAUUUGAUUUCUGAAGUAAGCAGAGUAUAAACAAUAGAAAUAAACACACUUAAUAAAACAUAAUCACUGACAAAUGGGAAUGAGAAAGGUGCUGCAGGAGCAAAGAGAAAUAUGCAGCAGUUGCACUCAUGAAGGGAAAAUGGGCUCAGCCAGUGCUGGGUGGCUGUGUCCUGUGUCCUGAAGUGGGAGUCACCCCAUGGUUUUGGGGAAAUGAGACUCCAAAGCAUUGUCACUGGGCAACUGAAAAGAGGACUCUGUUAUUUGUUACAGAAGCCAAAGGGGAAAAUUGCUAACUGUCCACAAAGGCUGCACCCCCAGCCCACAAGAUUAUUUUUCUGUCUUAAUGUGAACUCCACUGAUGUACCCCACAAAGAACACACCUGCACAGCACUGCCAUCAGAGGAAAACCAGGACAGGUUGAAACCCAAGAAUGAACAAAAAGCUGUAAUUGAAACAUUUUCUCACUUCAGUCUCAGGCAAAGUUAAAGGAAGAACUCUUCUCCAGCUGAAAAGUAAUUUUCAGGAUGAUGUCAGGGGCUGUUGUUAUUUUGAAUUGAGAAAGGAACAAAAAUUAGAUGGCCAAGUGUUAGAACAAGAAGGUAUUCUGAAGAAGGGGACUGCAAAUUGGAGAACUGAGAUGCCAAUAGACAAUUUCCUAAACUUACUGAAAUGUGUUAGAACUUCAUGUUUAGUAAAAUACAUUUGAAUUGCAUAAAACAAAGACUGUUUUAGCAUGUACUUUAUUGAAUUAAUUUAAGAAAAAUGGUAGGCAUUCCUUAAGUUACUUUUUAACAAGCAAAAGUCAAAGUGCAUGAAGGGGGAGAAUACAUACCCAGUCUAAGGAAGAAAAGGAACAAUCCCUAGCACAAGAACAGGCCACUGUACAACUACACCUACUGAUCCCUGCUGUGAGCAAUUCAGUCUAUUUCCAGAUCACUGUCUUCACUGUAACAUGCAGAUGGAUUAUGUAUAGAAGUCAGGAGAACUAGGUCUUUUUCUGGAAGCAAGCCACAUUCCUGCAGAAAAGCCUCCAGCUCAACAGCAAAAAAAUCUUCUCCAAGCUGGUCAGUGAUUCGCACAAAAUUGCCAAUGAGCUCACCUGCCUUAUAGAUCAGCAAAGCUGGCAGAGCAUUGUUAGUAAA